AUGGAUCCAUCCGUCUCCACUGCCCCCCGCGGGUGCCAGCUUCUCAGUCCAUCUCCAGCAGGACCAUCACUCAUCAAUACGACGCCAUCUGACACCCCGACUCACAGACACUUAAGACUGCGCUGUGGUCAAGGAGAGCCACAUCCUGGUGACACCGAGGAGAGCUGUCAGCCGAUCACCACUGUGGGACGUCCCGCCACAAGCUGCUGUUCAGGGUGUUUUUACACGGUGUCCCUGACCCUGCUCCAGCUGUCUCUGGUCGAAUACUGCCCUCUACUGGACACGUGCAUAAAGCCUGAACAAAGCAGUCAGCACAUCUCACCGGGUUUGGAGAGCCAGCCCAUGCUCUGUCUCCCCUACAGCCUCCACCCUGCUGCUACACCGGGCUGGGUCUGGCAGGGAUGUGUGAUAUGGUGGGGGAUGGGCUUCAAGUAUUUUGGGGAAGACAGAGAGGAAGGAAGUGAAUAG